AUGCCCGCCGACGAUGUAGAAGCCGAGGACAUACAAGGCUCCGCUACCGGCUCUGAGGAUAAGCAGGCUGGCUCCAAAAAGCGAAAGCUCUCCAGUAGGGAGGAUAACCAUGAAAAUGAAGGUCCAGCUUGCCAGAACUGUCGAAAGAAAAAGUCAGCAUGCUCGAGAACUCAGCCGUGCUCCGCGUGUUUGAGAUACAAUGUCGAGUGCGUUUACUACGAUGGAAGAGCUAAAACGGGUGUUCGCACCGGGGCCAUUGAGAGCCUUAACCAAAGGGUCGCGUCGCUGGAGCAAAUGUUCCUCGGCCAAAGCAUUUUAUGGAAUCAAUUGUUUGGAGAUCUGAAUUCCUCUACGAACGGUAGCGUCGAGAACACAAACACGGAAGGUUAUACACAAGACAACCUGGAGCAAUCCAUCACCCAAUUGCGGAAUCGGCUGGCUUCCACUGUGGCGAGCAAGCAGCAGUCCGCGGCUCAGAGUUUAGGCGGACCAUCACGAGUGCCGGUAUCCCUCAACAGCAGUCUACUUGGGACUGCUGGCGAAGCUCGCUUGCCACCGGACGAACUAAUGGACGCGCUCAUCGAAAUUUACUUUGAACAGGUGCAUCAGUGGAUACCAAUGCUCCACGUCCGACAUUUUCGCCAGCGGCUGUCGAUGCCAAAUGGACGUGAAAGCGCUUCCACUAUUUUCUAUGCCAUUACGUCGCUAUGUGCUCGCUUUUCCGAUGAUCCACGCCUCGGUCAUGGCCCUCAAAAGACGGCUUACGCUCGGGCAUGCCGGCAAGUGGUAAUCCUUCGCAGCAUGGAGUCUUUCUCGGUAGAGAACUUACAGGCGCUUACUAUCUGUGCCUUUGACUUGAUCGGUGGUGGGCGAGGUCCUUCCGCUUGGUCAAUUGUUGGUAGUAUGACUCGAACAGUUGAGCAACUUCAACUUAGCGUGGAAGAAGAGGAUCAAGAAAAGCCCCUCGUCAAGGCAUUAAUCAGGCGCAUGAACUUUCUACCACGAUGCCAUAGCUGGAGCGAGACUGAAGAGCGCCGGCGCGUUUUCUGGAAUAUCUUCAUAAUGGAUCGCUUCUGCAGCAUCGCUACCGGAUGGAACUUCUCGCUCACCAGUGCUGAUGUCAAACGGCGACUGCCUUGCGAGGGCUGCCUGUGGGAACGCGGCCAACCUCUCGACGUACCCACGCCCUAUUUUGGCAUCGCAGACCUGACGUCGCGGGCGAAUCCAGCCGUCCCAACCGCCCGACCUGAUGGUGAAGACCAGGACCUCUUGGGUGGUUUCGCCUUCUGCAUUGAAGCAACCGAGAGCUUGAGUUUGGUCACUUCAUUCUUUCUUCAGCAUGACCUAGACUUUAGCGAUCCUCACCAGUUUCAACUGUGGUUGGUCCGCUUCAAACAGCUUGACUUGCGAUUGAUCAGAUGGAAAAUCUUCCUGCCCAAGCCUUGGCGGGAAGCGUGUGUUCUCAAUGCGGAUGGCAAUAUGGACCCCAACCUCACUCUAGCGCACAUGACACAUAAUACAGCUGUGAUUCUUCUCCAUCAAGUUAUUGCGUUCCCUUUGCCCGAGUGGCAGAAUCAGCGGCUACGUUUGCCGUCUCUCUCAAGCGCAGAAACCUGUUUCGCGGCAGCAACCGAAGUGGGCAUAAUUGCAGAAGCAUAUCUGCAACGUUCUGCCUCUUUAACCAAUCCUCAAUUUGCAUUCUGUUUGUUUAUUUGCGGGAGGUUGCUCCUGGCCUAUUCCUCUUACUACAGCCAGCCUUUGUCUCCAUCAUUCAACUCUCUGGUAUCUAGUCUUUAUAACAUCUCCACCCGCUGGAACGGACCGUUCGCCGAUGAUGCCAAUGGGGAGACGCACAACCUGGCGUCCAAGUUCGCCACACGGCUCACGCAGGCACGGCAACGCGAUCAACACAUCCUAGAUAUACGGGAGCCGGUAUAUUCAGAUGACCAGUACAUUGACAAGUCAACAGUCAACAGUGCUGGGCGUUCAGGCUCGACCUCGGGCUCAUUCACCCACGGCGUUGAUGCUACGGCUGUCGGUGUGCCCACUCCCUCGCUCAGUGACCUCCACGGGGCAUCACCAGACAGCAUCUCAAUGGCAUUUCCACCUUUACCACUAAGUCUGCAGGGCCAAAUAUCCUACACAAAUCACUCAAAGGCCAUGCCGAUUGAGUCUCCUCGAGCUGGUGUUGCAAUGCAAGGCGCACAGGCCACUGAUCCUAUAUUGGCUGAUAUUCAUUCUUAUGAUGGUGCCGAUGGCUUUCUCGAUCCAUCUUUCCCACCCGAUCAGAGAGUGAGCGUUUUCUCAUAUUCGAAUAACAUGUAA